AUGGAGCGUUUGAAGAGAACGUUUCAGAAGAAGCCGAAGCAGUUGGACUACCAGCCCGUCAGCGACGAUGAUGUCUCAGCAAUGGAGUGCUCGUCCCUACUGCAAGACGACAAGGAUCAAGUGCCGUUCUCGUGGGUAGAAUAUGGCAUCUUUGCUCUCUUGGGAAUGGCCAUGCUAUGGGCUUGGAACAUGUUCCUCGCCGCUGCACCAUACUUCGAACUGCGCUUCCAGGACAACGUCUGGAUUUCUCAGAAUUUCCAAUCAGCCAUCCUGACCAUCUCGACGUUGACGAACCUCGGCGCCAUGUUUCUCCUGACCAACCUCCAAGAAAAGGCCUCGUAUCCAUUCCGCAUCAACCUGGCCCUGGUCAUCAACGUCUUCGUCUUCCUCCUCCUCACCACCUCUACCUCCGCCUUCCUCGAUGUCUCGGCCGAGCAAUACUUCGUCUUCAUCCUCACCAUGGUGGCCUGCGCUUCCUGGGGCGCCGGACUGAUCCAGAACGGCGCCUUCGCCUUCGCCGCAUCCUUCGGACGAUCGGAAUACAUACAAGCCGUCAUGGCCGGUCAGGGUGUCGCCGGCGUGCUGCCGCCCCUGGCCCAGAUCUUCAGCGUUCUCGCCGUACCUGCUUCCGACGCCUCGCACGACCCGGACCAAGAAGUGUCGGGCGAUGAGGGAGACGAGGCCGGCGGGAGCAGCGGUUCCACUUCCGCCCUCAUCUACUUUCUCACCGCCGUUGCCGUGUCCCUAUUCACCCUGGUGGCCUUCGUUCCCCUCGUCCGCCGGCACAUCCGCGUCGUCGAAUCCCGCGCCAUCGCCGCCUCCAUCGGGAGCAUCGACAGCGUCGAGCUACGUCGCCGCCGGGCCGUCUCCCCCCUCACGCUCCUGCGCAAGCUGCACUGGCUCGCCGCCGCCGUCGCCAUCUGCUUCUCGGCCUCCAUGUUCUUCCCCGUCUUCACGAGCAAGAUCUUCUCCCUCCGAUACAUGCCGCGGGACGACGGCGACGGCGCUACCACCGUGCCUCGCCUCUUCCAGCCCGCCGCCUUCAUCCCCCUCGCCUUCUUCGUCUGGAACCUGGGCGAUCUCUCGGGCCGCAUGGCUACCGUGCUGCCGUUCUCGCUUCGCUCCCGCCCCCCCUUGCUCCUUGCCGUCUCUGUCGCCCGCCUGGCGUGGCUGCCCAUGUACCUCCUGUGCAACAUCCGCGGUCGCGGCGCCGCGGUGCCGAGCGAUCUGUUCUACCUCGUUGUGGUGCAGUUCCUCUUUGGUCUGACGAACGGCUGGCUUGGCUCCAGCUGCAUGAUGGCUGGCGCCGAGUGGGUGGACGACGGAGAACGCGAGGCGGCCGGUGGAUUCAUGGGGCUGUGCCUUGUGGCUGGUCUUAGCUUGGGCAGCAUGUUGAGUUUUUCCGUGGCGAAGAUAUGA